AUGACUCAAGAUUUCAACGUUCUCCAAGUCAGCUUGUCUGAUGGAACACCGGUGCACAAGGGGGUGUUUGGCUUCGACGGAGUUGGAUCUCACACCGGGAAAAAGAACUGGCAUUGGAAAGAUUACAGUUCUGUAACCUGGCCAGUAUCUAAGAGGCUUAACGAAUGUUUUAAUGAAGACCUCCAGACACAAGGGAUGUGGGCUGCCAGGCCUGUCUUGGAACUGGCACGCACCAUGUUAGUUAGGCCAGGUUAUUGUAGACGCUCGAGAAGAGGCAAGCUGCAAGAUGACUUUAAGGACAAAGUUAAAAAGAAUAAAGAAAACUAUGCAGGUUCUGAAAGUACAAUUAAUAUUUUAAAUGCAAUGAGUGUAAACUAA